AUGACUUGGGAUCAAAGAACGCCAGAGAUCGACGGAUACGGGACAUGUGGCCAUUGCCAAAAACAAAGAACAUAUUUCUACUGGUGCUCUAGUUGCGAGUAUCAACGUUAUCAAAAAGCUUUUCCAAAAUGGACGAGCGGGAAUAAAAUAAUCGAUGGAGUGAUUCUUGAAAUUCAAAGAGAUGCCCCAUCAAUCUUUUCUUUCUUAGAAUGGAUUCCCUAUCACAAAUUUAGCGAAAUAAAAGAAAUCGGCCAGGGAGCGUUUAGUAACGUAUACAUGGCAACUUGGAAAGAAGGGCCGCGGGACGGUCCACCUUUUUUUGGAGAUUUCUCACAUUCAAAUAAAUCUUUACCAAUGUGGGAACGACGGUCUGGUAUAAGAGUUGCGCUUAAAUCUCUUCGUGGCUCACAAAAUAUUCAAGCUGAAUUUUUCAACGAUUUUAAAGCCUUAUGUCGAACGGCGCCAGAUGGCGAAGAUUUUGAAAAUUUUUCACUUCGCCACAUAGCAGUGGGAUUAUCAGUAGUUCAUGCAGCAGGUCUAGUUCAUCGUAACCUACAUGCGGGAAACAUACUGCAAGAUGGAAAAAACUUUUACAUUGGUGAUGGUUUACUGAGUGUACGUUCAAAAAUGGGUUCCGAGGAGAAUAUUCAGGUGCCAAGAAAUUUAUUUAAUGAAUUCGAUCAACCAGAUAUAAGAAUAAGCACUAAAAUCCAUCCGGAGGCAGUAUAUACAUCUCGACUUUUACGAUUCAUUGAUCCUAUCAAUUCAACAAGUUUCGGAACUGAUUCACGUGUUGGAUAUGAAGAAAACGGAGGAGCAAAAUCAUGUAGGUAUCUUAUUGUAUCUUUGACAGAUGUUGCUUCGUAUUAUGCAAUUCUACGAAUCUAA